AUGGCCGGUCUCGCCUGCGCCUGCAUGCCGCUGCCGCUCGAGAGCACGGACGCCGUCGUCGUCUUCCUCAAGGUGCCGACGCUCCACAAGACGAAGACGCGGCUGAUCCCGCGCUUCGGCGCCGAGGGUGCUUACGCCAUCGCGCAGGCCCUCGCCGAGGACACGCUGCGGCGCCUCGGGUCGUCGCCGCUCCUCGACGACGCGCGGCGCGUGGCCUGCUUCGCGCCGGCGGACGGCGCGGACCGGCUCGAGCGGCUCGCGGCGCGCGCGGCCGUCGCCGGGCGCUUCGAGCUCUCGCCGAUGGCGCCGCGGGACCUCGCGAGCUCGGACCUCGGCGCGGCGCUGCGGGCCGAGUACGAGCGCGUCCGGGCCACGACGCCCGGCGCCGUCGUCAUCGUCGGCAUGGACGCGCCGGACCUGCCGCUGGACGUCGUCGCGGGCGCCGCGACGGCCGCGCGGCGCGGCGCGGCCGUCGUCCACGACGCCUCGGACGGCGGCUACGUGCUCCUGGCGCUGCCGCCCGGCGCGCCGGGCGACGUCUUCGACGGCGUCGAGUGGAGCACGGACCGCACGGCGGCCUCGCAGCGCGCGGCGCUCGAGGCGCGCGGCGUGCCGCUCGCGGCGCGCGCCGGGCCCCCGUGGCCCGACGUCGACGAGCCGGGCGACGUCGACGCCCUCUUCGCGCGCCUCAACCCGACGGCCUGCCCGAGCCUCGCCGCGGCGCGCGCGAAUCUAACCUAG